AUGGGGUCAGCACUCCCUGAGCUCUCCCAUUUGCCCUGCAACAGGGGUGGCGGCAAUCCCAGGGACCCUGCCAGGGGCAGUGGCCCCCCCCAGGGGCCAUCCCACGGGUGGGGGCGCCCCCAAAGUCCCACCAUUGGCCGGCGAACCUGCAAGGACCCUCCCAGGGGUGGUGGUGGCCCCACGAGCCUUCCAGGGGCGACGGCGCACCCGGGGCCUUACCAGGGACGGCAGCACCCCCAUGGGCCCUCUCUAUGGGUGGCAACGUCCCUAGAGGCCCUUUUCAAGGCCGGCGGUGCCUCCAAAGACCCUCCCAAGGGCAGUCGUGACCCCAAGGGCCCUACCAGGGUCGGCGACGCUCCCAAGAGCCCUGCCUGGGGCGGCAUCGCCUGCAAGGGCACUUUCAGGGAAGGUGGAGCCCCAAUAGGUCCUGCCAGAGGCUAUAGCACUCCCAAGGCCUCUUCCAGGGGCUGUGGCGCCCCAGGUUCUCUCAGGAGCAGCGGCGCCCCCAAGGGCCCCUCCCAAAAGCGGUGA